ACCCAACCCUUUAACACCCAACUAGUUGUAAUUAAAGAUAAUUCAAGAUCAAUAAAAAGGAAUCAGUAUAUAUAGUAUACUAAAAGAAAAGAAAGAUCAAUGGGUUCGGAUUAUCAAAACCAGAUUCCGGUGAUUGAUCUUUCUAGUAGUUCACUAGACAAAGUCCGAGGAAGCCAAGAAUGGGACAUAGCAAGCAAGAAGGUGAAAGAGGCUUGUGAGGAUUAUGGGUGUUUCGAGGUGGUGUAUGAUAAGAUAUCCAAGCAAGUAAGAGCUGAGUUAUUUUCAUUGAUAAGGCAGCUCUUUAUGCUUCCAGUGGAGACCAGAAAGAAGAACUAUAAUCCAAAGCCUUACCAUGGCUACGCAGGACAAUAUCCAGUAGUUCCCAUUUAUGAAGGUUUUGGUAUUGAAGAUGUUUCAAGUUACAACUCCCUCGAAGGCUUCGCAGAACAACUGAGCUGGCCCCAUGACCAUGACCAGUUUUGCAAAACCUUUAGCUCCAUGAUGAAACCAUUGGAUGAGCUACACGGUACAAUUGGGAAGCUAAUUCUUGAUAGUUAUGGUUUGGGAGAGAAGAGGAACUCAAUCAUGCCAUGCAAGACACUUCUACGUAUGAUGAAAUACAGAGCUCCACAACCUGGGGAAAAUUCCACUGGACUCUUUGCUCAUACUGACAAGCCAUUUUGUACACUUCUUUGUGAAGAUGGAGUUGCAGCCCUGGAAGUGGAAACUAAGCAUGGCCAUUGGAUUCAAUUGUCUCCAUCUCCUAAUUCCUUCAUUUUCCUUGUUGGAGAUCCUCUCAUGGCAUGGAGCAACGGGAGAUUGCACGCAGUGAAGCAUAGAGUGAUAAUGAAUGGAGACGAGGAUAGAUAUUCCAUUGGAGCUUUUCUAGUUCCAAUAGAGGGAACAGUUAUCAAACCACAGAAGGAACUAAUAGAUGAAUGUCAUCCUCAAAUUCUGAAAGAGUUUGAUUUUAUGGAGUACUUGACCUUCUCUUCUUCUGCUGAGGCAAAGGCCAUGGAUUCAGCCAAGCAAGUCUUUGCAUUUGCUGGAAACCAAAUAAGGGAAAAAAUAUAACAUACAUAUCUUCCUUCAGGACUUGAAGCCUCUCUACUAAGUUGAACCAUAAAAUAAGCUCAAAAUCUUUUGUUAUUGAAUAUAUAAUACAAUAUUGUUGGUUGUGUUUAUUAGUCAUGAUGGGUUUCAGUGGUUUUUCUGUAAUAAAAUAUUUGCUUUACGUUUGAUUUUAAAA